AUGGCAGACAAUAUUGAAAAUAAGAGUUUAGAGGGUGGAUCUGGUCAGCAAAUUGAGAGUAGUAAUCUGGAGAUAUUAAUGAAGUCUAUGGAAAAGAUGAGCCCACCAAAUCUCGAGAAGGCGGAAGAAUGGUUGCAACAUGCAGAAUAUGUUUUAGAACAUGUAACCGAUGAUAGAGAUAUGUGGAUCAAGUUGGCUACCUACAGAUUUCGAGGACCGACACGAUAUUGGUGGAAGGCAGUAAUGAAAGCGAAUGGUGAAGUAAUGACCUGGAAAAGGUUUAAAGAUUUGUUUAUGGACAAGUAUCUACCUGAUGCGGCAAGAGAUAGGAAAUUUUAUGAGUUCAUGUUUUUGACGAAGGGUGGUAUGUCUGUUAGCUCUUAUAAUGAUAAAUUUAUAAGGUUGUCGCAUAACGGAGCGGAGUUGGUAGCCACGGAUGAGGCUAAUGCGAAGAAGUUUAUCAGGGGAUUGGAUCCCGAGAUGCGGAAGCAACUCUCAUGUUUACGAAUCAUGACUUAUGAGGAUGCUUUGAAUCGGUCCCUUGAUUAUGAGAAGGAGAUGGAGGAUCAACUUGCAGCACGAAUUAGAGAAAGACCACAACAUUUUUCAGCAAGACAAGAUCCAGGGAAGCAGCCAAUGUUCUCAGCUCCUAAUUAG